UUCGGUCCCGCGCAUUAGGGGUUUGUGAGCAUUAGCUGAAGAAGAGUUUCGGAGCUUUGCUGGUAGGGAGAACUGAGAAGCACCUCAAAAAUGGCGGACGAAGACUAUGAGAUGGACGGAGGAUAUGAGGAGGAGCCAGUAGAGCCUGAGAUUGAAGAAGGAGUUGAGCCAGAGGAGGAUAAUGCUCAGCCAGAAGAUGUACCUGACGCCCUAAUGGGUGACGGUGAUGAUAAAAAUGAGCAGGAUGCAGUGGAACGGCCUCGGAAAACAUCAAAAUAUAUGACAAAAUAUGAGAGAGCAAGAAUUCUGGGUACCCGUGCACUUCAGAUCAGCAUGAAUGCUCCUGUGAUGGUUGAGUUGGAGGGCGAAAGUGAUCCCCUUGAGAUUGCUAUGAAAGAGCUUCGAGAGAGGAAGAUUCCCUUCACAAUUCGCCGUUACUUGCCUGAUGGAAGUUAUGAAGAUUGGGGGGUUGACGAACUGAUAGUUGAAGACUCGUGGAAACGACAAGUAGGUGGGGCGUAAGCAAUACUUGCUGAACUGUUGUAGUCGCUCUAAUAGGAUGUUAUGUAUUGCGUGGUUUGGGGAACUAGUAGGGGGAACUAUACCUCCUACUAAAUAUUGUUGUGAUGGAGAUAUUAACAACUUUGUGCUUGUGAAGUGAUGUGUUUUGUCCGGAAUUGCAUGUUUGAUUGCUACUUUUUCUUAAUUCCAAUUGUCACACUCACAUUAGUGCA